AAGGCGUGGGCUCUAGCAUUGGACACCCGAAGGCAGCAGUGGAUGAAAACAAGCAAAAUAAGGAAAAGUUUGGCUGUGAGAAGGUGCUAGACAGCCAGCCAUAGUGACGAGGAGGCAGGCAUCACCACCAUCACCACCACAGGGAAGUGCCAUGGCCACCAAGCAAGCACCCAAGGGCGGCGGUGGGGACCAGAAGAAGGCUGCGGCCACCCCACAGGAGGCCAAGGAAAAGGAGCCGCCCAAGGAGGCAGUCAAGGAGGAAAAGGCAAACCCCAAGGUGGGGGGCAAAGACCCCCCCAAGGAGAGCAAGGAGGCUGGCAAGAAGCCUGUCAAGGAGGAGAAGAAGGAGGCUGGGCAGGGUGGCGGUGGCGGCGGUGGCGGCGGUGGCGGCCAUGAGAGGGGCCGCGGCGGCCGGCAGGAGGAGCAUGGCCGGGGCCGGGAGCGGGGCCGCCGCACCAGCCGGGACCGGCCAGACCACCGUGGCCACGACAAGGAGGACCGCGAGGUGUGCCGCAACUUCCUGCACAACCGGUGUGACCGUGGCUCCCUGUGCAAGUAUUACCACCCACGCUCCGCCAGCCGCCCCCGCCACGGCUCUGGUGACCCUGACCACCGCCGCGGCUCCCCAGUGCGUGGCGGCCCUGGUGGUGGCGGUGGUGGUAGUGGUGGUGGUGGCGGUGGUGGUGGUGGUGGUGGCGGUGGCAGUGGUGGUGGCGGUGGGGGCCAGAUCGUCUGCAGGGACUUUAUCCGCAACAUGUGCACACGGGGGACGGAGUGUCGCUUUUACCAUCCACCUUCUGAGACCGCCGGCAAGAAGCGGCAGGGCAGCUGGCUCACCUUCUGCCAUGACUUCCGCAACGGACACUGCUUGCGUGCUGACUGCAGGUUCUUCCACAUCACAAGGGAUGAUGAGGAGUCUUACCGCGCCACAGGGGAGAUUCCUCUGCAUAUUGUGGACCAGGCGGUGCGCAAGGCGAUGGUGCUGGACGGGGCACUCACCGGCACUCGCCCCACAUGCAAGGAGUUUCUGCGUGGGCUUUGCAACAUGCAGAAUUGCCGUUUCCGCCACCUGAGCCAGCGGGAGUAUGAGGAUGAAGUCUUCCACGCACUGCAGGAUGAGUUUGAGAAUCUGCUGGGGCCGCCCGACCGCCACCCCAACUCCCCACAGAUAGGCAACCCCUACGGCUCCCUGCCCAGCUUCCAUGACGGCCCCAGGAAGUAUGGCGCCUCCUCAGGGGACUUCAGGGAGGACGUCAUGCCACCAGAGGACAUGCGGGGGCCUCUGCUGCCUCCCUCAGAGUACGAGUCGGAGCCCAAACGCCCCAGGUACUUCUCAGGAGAUGCCAUGUUCCCAGGGGAGGGCUAUAGGGAUGCAGGGGACGCCCCAAGGAAGUGGGACGAGCGCAUGGAGUAUGAUCACAUGGAGAGGACAGAUCUGAACCCCAGGGAUGCCUUCCGCCUGCAGCCAGAGCUGUAUGCCCUCAGGAACGAGAAUGCCGAGAUCAGACGCAAUGCUGAGAGGGAGAUCAACGAGCUGAAGGAGGAGGUGCGGCGCGUGUUGGAAGAGAAUGCUGGCCUCCACCAUGAGGUGAACAAGGUGCGGGCCACAGCGGCAGAGGAGGCGCUAGUGCAGAAGGCCACUGUGGACAAGCUGACGCUCGCCAACAACACGCUGAUGGAGGACUUGCGGAAGGCAGAGGAUGCGGCACGGCGCUUGGAGCACGACAGCCGGGAGAAACUCAAGGCCAUGGACUCCAAGCAGAAGAGCAACUGUGUGGAGCUGGAGCGCAAGAUUGACAGCCUGCAGAAGGAGAUUGGCCAGCUGCGAGACACUCUCGCCAAGGCUGAUGCCGCGCAGAAGAAGACAGAGGACGAGAAGGCACGGCUUCUGAUUGAGCUGGACGAUGUGCGGGUGAAGAUGCGUGGGCAGGGUGGCCCACAGUCCAUGAGGAAGGAUGGCCAGCAGCAGCAGCAGCAGCAGCACAGCAACAAUGCCAAUUACAACAACAAGAAUGCCUUCCCUAGAGACGCGAUCAAGGAUCGCAGCGAUGGCAGCUUCCCGGACAUGUUGCAUGGGGAGAGGCGGCCGCCAGACAUACGUGACCAGGACAUGCGGGGGCUGUCCAUGCGGGGGCCAGAGCGCUACUCCCCCGACAGCUGGGGUGGCGGCAACAAGAAUGGCCGGCCUCAGUAUGACGACGCCAACUCAGGGUAUGGUGUGCGUGGCAGCGCUGAGGGGGACCGGUCACGUCCUUGGCAUGGCGCUGCACCUCAGGGGUCGUGGCCCUCACAUGGUGGGACCAAGGCCUCCUCUGGCUCCCUCAUGGGCGAGUACCAGGGGGAAGAGCGCAUGAGAGGCCCCCCACAGAAUGCUAACAUGAUGAGAGGCCCGGCCUACUCCUCCCCGGGCAGCAGUGGACUCUUAAACCUGCCCAUGGAUGGGGCGGACUACAGCAACAAGAGCCGGACACCGCAGGGAGGGCCAGGCGGCCAGAUGGGGGGCAUUGAGGGCCAGUAUGCCGGUGGCCAGGGCAUGAUGCACUUUGAGGAGCGGGACUACAGUCUGUCUGGCUAUGACACUGAUGUGCGGGGCGGCCAGUUUGGCCACCCACAACGUCCCCCAGCAGGCUGGCAGCAGGGGGGUGGGGACGGAGGUCGGGGGCGGGGUAUAGGGCAGGCGUGGAGGAGAGAGAAGCCAUUCUAAUGUGUUGUAGUGGUGGUGUCAGUGUGGUAGGGUGGGGAGGGGAGGACUGGUGUGCCUGCUGCUGUGGUUGCUGUGGGUGGUGUUCAUGUGUAGCAAACUUGUCUCACUCCCAACCAGUGUUCUUAAUGUUACUUUCAUGAUGCAGUACCUGGCGGGUAGGCUAAGGCAGUGUGUGUGAGGCAGGGCAGGAGGGCAAGGCAGGAUCCUUAGUAGAUGAGGUGUCAGGCUGAGCUGGGCUGACUUUGAAACAGCAGUACAAUUUACACCGGGGAUUCUCAACCUUUUAAUCUUAUGUACCCCUUGAAGGCUUUCAGUACUGAUCAUGCACCUCUUACCCACAAUGCAACAGAUUGCAUUCACAACAUAACAUGCAUUCCAGUAAUUCAUCAGUAGUCACAAAUGUGUUCACAAAUGUAUUGGUGUGUGAUGACAAGAAGUAUACAAAAUCUAUUAUUAGACAAGCCCAUGAAUAACAACAAUUGUCUGUGAUUCAUGAGUCAGUCCAGGUUCUAGAAUAAUGAUGGACCUCUCAAGCACCUUCUAAAGUUCCUCUCUUGUACCCCAGGCUGAGAACCCCUGACCUGAGCAUUGACUAAGCUGUUUGGAAUAUGAGGAAGGAGAAAGAGAAUGAAUUUGAGGAAAUGAUAGAAUAUGAGGGUGGAUGUACCACUUCUAACACUACUGGGAAAAAGAUUGGUGUUAAUUUUGUUACUGUAGAGAAUAGAAAGGAUGUAUAUGAGGAAAAGAAUGUGAGGGUAUGUAGGAAAAAAUAGGUGUUCAUUUUGUUACUGUAGAGAAUAGAAAGGAAUAAUGUGAGGGAACAGGAAGGAUAUAAAGGAGAUAGAUAGGAAUAAGAAAACGAAUAGGUGUAAGGAAUGUGAUGGUGUGUGUGUGUGUGUGUGUUCUAACACUGCUGGGGGGAAGGUGUUCAUUUUGUUACUAGUACUAAGCCAAGAGGAGUUCCUAAGGGGAGCAGAGAGACUUAGACACAGAGUAGCAACCAGUGUUAGGAGGAAUGUAUGUCUUGAGUGUGUGUGUGUGUGUGUGUGUGUGUGUGUGUGUGUGUGUGUGUGUGUGUGUGUGUGUGUGUUGACAUUUCUCAUGUUGGUGUGAAAUCGUUCUCCUUAAUGAUUUUGAGAAGCUGUGAUCAUUUUUUUUUUUUUCCUAAUAUGUGCACUUUUGUUUUUAUACCUAUAUGUACUACCACGUCCAUGAAAUACAUAAGGGAAAUAGU